AUGUGGCAGACCGAAGACGAAGGAAAUCACGGCAACGAUGACACACGUUGUUUUAUUCUAUCCACAUUAGCGUCACAAGGUCGUUCCAAAGUUCAAUGCGUUUUAUGCGAAGAACAAUUACUGGUUUUCGACAGAUACCCCCUUGUAGAUGGGACAUUCUUCUUAAGUCCACGCCAACACGCUAAAAGUUGCAUUGAGGUGAAAGUAGAAGGCCGUACCCAAUUUCUGACCGUUGUCUGCAUGUGCUGUUUAGAGGGCGUGAGUGGUCGCGCCAUUGUAUGUAGAUUCUGUAAUCAGAAGUGGGACGGAUCAUCCCUGGUCCUCGGAACCAUGUAUUCUUAUGAUAUCUUUGCUGCCAUGCCUUGUUGUACCGAGAGGAUAAAGUGUAAUUCUUGCUACAAACCUGUUCUGCAUCCUACACAACGACUGAACUUCUUUAGUGACUACAGUCAUAUGGUGCCAUGUCCGCAUUGCCGCACACUGGAUACACAUUUCGUAAAACCCCUAGGCUUCUGUUACGCCCGCCACUUUUCACGGGCUCUACAGAUGAUGUGGCCAUAGCACGUGGCCCCCCGAGUCGUAAACAAAGACCCACCGACGCCGCCUACUCCUCCAGAUCCGGAUCCUAUGGAUUUAGAUCUAGGACUAUUGUGGCGCGAACUGGCCGGACUACGACUCGAUGAGUUUUGCCGUUUGCAGCUGACCAGAGCGCGGUAGACCUCCCCCCUUUAGUUUUCUUUGUUAUGUUGUUGCAUUUUUUAUAGUUUGAGGUUACGUUCAGGAUGUAAUUAAUUAAAUGAAACUUUUAACGGCAGACUUUGCAUUUCUAGACGUUUAAAAGCAAUAUACAUGACACAGCUGAAAGUUCGCUGUCGUAGAUACUUAAGGCCGGCCAUUGGUAAUGUUAUAAGUAUAGGCGAUCACAUCACCUUUAUAAAGUACACCACUCAUAAUCUAGAGCAUAUAUGUAUACCGAAAAAUGCUUAACCUACUAACAAUAUAUGUCGCUAAUUACAGCCAUAUUUUUGCUAUCAUACCUGUUGUGUAUUGUUUAUUAAAAAAUGUGAAAGUUUUGCUUUUUUCUCAAUAAAUAUAAGAGCGUUUAUAUCUAAAUUACUCAAGUAUUUAAAUGAAUUUCAUGAUAAAAUUCCGUCUAGCACUAGAAUAUAUGUAAUGGAAGGAUAUAACGUUAAAAAAAUGUGAAUUAAUAAAUUACUUUUUGCGUGGUGUACUUUUAAAAUAAAUUUCUGCAAUUAAUAGAUAUUGGCAUGUGAAACGUAAAUAUUCGACAUAUAAUACGAAUAAAGUAUAGGAAUCUGUAAGAAUCUAAGCUCUGUUAAUGUAGCCACUAUGUAUAAGAUGGCGCUACGAAAAAUAUUAUAGACAUAUGCAAAAUUCAGGAGCGUAAUGGCCCGUUUGAAACUUUCCUUUGGAAAUUUCGGUACUGUAUAGAGUACUAACGUUUUGAGGGGUGCGGGUAGUUCAUUAUUAGCAGGGCGUACUAGGAAUAAUAUAUUACUUUUAUUACUCUCGCUUGCAAACGGUUGAAGUGUAGAGUCGAUUUAUUAAAUGAGGACACUGCUCGCAAUAAGAAAUGCAUGGCGAGCGGUGCCCUUAUCUAAUAUUUCGACUGUAACGGGUAAUGGAUGUCUUCCAAAAAGCCGAUAAACUAGUUCAGAACGCCUAUUAGUUUGCGAAAUAUUAAAAUAGAGGUACCAAAAUUUAUCUGCGCCAACUUAUUCCCGUUUUGAACUAGUUUACGCAAGGGCGCCCAUAUAAAAAUUUUUAGGGGGGGGGCAAACGUGAAGAUGUUGCACAUUACAUUUUGUAUAUUUCGG